AUGAGGCAGAGGGAUGAUCAAGAUGGACAAGACGUGUUUGUCGGUAAAUUUCACUUAUUUGGCUUAUGUGUGUUUACACUAUUUGAUCAUGGUACUACGCAUUCCUAUAUUUGUUCAUCACUUCUUCUUCCUGAAAAUGUGAAAUUUGUGAGACUUAAUUAUAAUGUACUGGUUGAAAGUACUUUGGGUUAUCAGGUUGUGUGUAAUCGAAUUUAUCGUGAUUGUUCCUUCGUGAUUCAAAACCUGGUCUUCCCUGCUGAUUUGAUUGAAAUGCCCUUCAAGGAUUUUGAUGUUAUUAUCGAGAUGGAUUGGCUUCAUAAAUAUCAUGCAGUGGUAGAUUGUAGGUCGAAACAUGUGACCUUUAAAGAUCCUACAUUUUCACACAUCAUUGUACAAGGUGAAAGAUCAUUAAUAUCUAGUAUUGUUUCUGCGACCUUGGCAAGAAAGUUGAUGCGUCAAGGUUGUUGGGCAUACCUUGCUCACAUAGUUGAGUCACAAUUGAAGAGUCCUUGUAUCAAGGACAUACCUGUUGUAUGUGAUUUUCCAGAAGUCUUCCCAGGAAACCUUCCUGGAUUGCCCCGGGAAAGAGAGGUUGAAUUUCCAAUCGAGCUUAUUCCUGGAUCUACCCCUAUUUCUACCACUCCUUAUAGAAUGGAUCCGGCAAAACUAGGAGAAUUGAAAUCUCAAUUGCAAGAACUUCUUGAGAAAGGUUUUAUUCGACUUAGUGUUUCUCCUUGGGGAUCCCCUGUUUUGUCUGGAUAUCACCAAUUGCGUGUUAGAGAGAAAGAUAUUCCUAAAACUGCUUUUAGAACUCGGUAUGGUGAUUACGAUUUUUUGGUGAUGCCAUUCGGAUUGACAAAUGCUCCUGCGGUGAAGGAAGCAUAUAAGAUAGAUGAGAAACUUGUAAAAUUGACCAAAGAAGUUCAAAAUGGGGGAAAACUUGAUUUUACAUUAAUAGAGGAUGGUGUCUUAUUUUAUCAGAACAGGUUAUGCGUCCCUAAUGAUGACAAAUUGAGGGAAAAAAUACUGAAUGAAGCAUAUACUUCACCAUAUUCAAUGCAUCCUGGAGGUACAAAGAGGAAAUGCCGGACCCCUCUUUGUUGGAGUGAAGUUGGUGAAAGAAAGCUUGUUGGUCCUGAAAUUGUGCAACAAACAGAGGACAAGGUAAAAAUUAUCAAGGAUUGUCUAAAGAUUUCUUCGGAGAGACAAAAGUCAUACGCUGAUCUUAAAAGGCGGGACACUGAAUAUCAAGUGGGAGAUAAAGUAUUCUUAAAGGUGUCUCCAUGGAAAAAGAUUUUGAGAUUUGGACAAAAAGGAAAACUUAGUCCCCGAUUUACUGGACCUUAUCAGAUACUUAAAAGGGUUGGACCAGUUGCAUAUAAAUUAUCUUUGCCACCGGAGUUGGAGAAGAUCCACAAUGUCUUUCAUGUUUUUAUGCUCAGAAGAUAUCGUUCUGAUCCAUCACAUGUUCUUUCGGUUGAAUCUAUUGAGAUUAAUCCUGACUUGACUUAUAAUGAAGAACCUAUCCGAAUUAAAGUUCGAGAAAUAACGCAACUUAGAAACAAGAGAAUCCCCUUAGUAAAGGUAUUUUGGAGGAACCAUUCUGCAAAAGAAGCUACCAGGGACAGAAAAAAAGACAUGAGGACCCAAUAUCCGCACUUGUUCCGGGACUAG